AUGAGGGUGUUCGAAGACCAGUACAAGGUUACAUCGCAAAAGUUGGGAUCUGGUGGAUUCGGACAGGUGCAUAUGGCGUUUAGGAAGGACACCGGCCAGCAGCUAGCCUGUAAGAUUGUCGACCUACGAGAUCUGAGAAACAGGAUCGUUCGAGAAGCAGAAGACGAGCGGUCUAGGUACUUCACCGAAAACGGGGUUUCCAUCAGCGGAAACAGAGUGCUCGUCGCGCGUUUCUAUGAUUCCCUCCAAAAGAAGAUCCAGGAGAAGCUUGAAGUAUACAACCGUGAGGCUAGAAUACUCGAGAGCCUUUGCCAUCCAAAUAUCAUUAGUAUUGAGAAAGUCAUCCACUCGAGCAAUACAAUUUACCUCUUCCAGGAACUCGUGACUGCCGGUGAUUUAUUCUCCUACAUACAGUAUAAAGGUGGAAGGUUGGAUGAUAUCGAAGCCGCAGUUGUAGUGCGACAAGUUUUGAUGGCAUUGGACUAUUUGCAUCAGCGGGAAAUUGUCCAUCGUGAUCUGAAACCAGACAAUAUCCUCAUGACAUCCCUAGCGGAUGGGUGCAGAGUUGUACUCACUGAUUUCGGAUGCGCCAGACUGCUACAGCCAACUGCUGAACGAAUGUUUACAAUCACUGGUACAUUCGACUACAAUGCCCCCGAGAUAUUCAAGUACAGCACACAAGGCUACACGAAAGCCGUGGAUCUAUGGUCAUUGGGCUGUGUAACGGCAGUGCUCCUGACUGGUGAUAUCCCGUUCAAAAACUCGUUGACAGCGGAUCCCACCGGACUUGCUCGAAGGAACGAUCUCGAAAAGCUCGAAGCAGAUCUAGAUUGGAAUAAAACCGGACAACGCGCAAGGGACUUCGUUCACAAACUUCUCGUGUUCGACGAAGCGAAGCGCAUGGAUGUGAGCCAAUCGUUGAAUCAUAGCUGGUUCACCAAUCCAGCGCACCGAGGGGAGUUCGAAGCACUAUACCAACGAGCGAUCAGACACUGGCGGCCUCGUACACAUGAGGGCCCCUUGAUAGCUAAUUUGUGCACUUUAUCAAAAUCCCCAAAGCAUAGCAGCGAAUUUAGGCAGACUCCACGCUCCGAUGGAUGUUCAAGGGCUGACUCUGAUCAGUCGUAUAAUGAGCAGCAGCUGAUGUCUCAGGAAGGAACUUCGUCAAUAUCACCGGCAUCAGUAGACUAUGAUUUACGUCGUGAACAUUCGGCGUCCCUGUCUACGACUCUUUCGGACCCUGAGCUCCCGCCGCACCGCUGGAUAGGAAGCAUAGAGUCAGCUUGUUCACUCAUGGAUACACCCGACUCUGUGCAGCAUGAGCAAGGCUUUAUACGCAAUUCUCCAAUUCAAAACAUGCCAUGA